AUUUUGGAACUGAUAAAGCACAAGGCGCCCCGAACAGGGCUGGGGGGAGAGUGUGGAACAGAAAAAGUAGAUCGACUGAGACUGAAACAGAGAGAUCGAAACAUCGGAGAGAGAUAUGGGAACAGAGACAGGGAGACAUCAGAAUUCCAGGCGGAUGAGUAAAUCCAGGAGCAUAAAAAACGGCCAAAAAGAAGAAACUAGUGGCAGCAAACGGACAUGGAUGGAGCACCUACAUGCAUUACCAAUCAUACAACAUCUUCUCUCCAGCAUAAAGAAUGGCCAAAAAGAAGAGAGUAGAGGCAGCAAAUGGACAUGGAUGGAGCACAUAGAGCAGUGUUUUAAUUUUAUGUGUAAAUGGCCAAUCAUACAACAUCUUCACACCAGGCUAACAAAUGGUGAAGAAGACGAACAAGAAAAAGAAGGAAGCAACAACGAUCAAAAGAUGCUAAUUGCAAAAGAUGAUGACAUAAACAUCGAAGAAGCAGCUAGCAGCAACGGUGAAAAAAAGGCACAUAUGAUUGAUGAUGAUGAUGAUGAUGGUGGUGGUGAUGAUGAGACAAGAGUAACGAACAUUAAAGAAGGAAUAAGUUACAGCAAGUGGUCACAAGUGGGAGAUGAUAUCUUGGGCUAGAUUCUUGAACACUCAUGCUUCAGUGAUUACCUUCGAACUCGAGCUGUAUGCUCAAGUUGGCAGUCCAUUGUCACUAAAUACAUUGCCAAGAAGCAGUGUCUUCCACAGCCUGAACUGCCACUUCAUUAUCUUCAAACAAUGGACAGCCAAACUGUCCAUUCUUCGUCUUGCCCACAGCAAGUGUCUUCAAGUUCAGUUACACAUUGCCACCACUCGAAUUCAUCCAUUAUUGCUACGGCAUGGUUCAAGGUUGGAUGAUCAUGUGAAGCUUCCCACGAUUAUUUUAAUGUUCCUGAAACCGAUGUUCAGAUCUUCUUCAACCCGGUAACAAAGGCUAAGGUUUGCUUGUCAUCAAGGUUGAAAGUGAAGAGUAAAAUUAAAAGAAUUGUGUCAUCCACAAACUCCAAUGACCCAAACUGUGUUGUGGUGUGUAUCUUUUACCUCCAUGAUAUUUUCGCCUUUAGAUGGAUUUCUGAUGAGUCAUGGACUAUAAUCGUUGAAUGUCCUAUGACAAGAAUCACCUUCAUGCACAUAGAGAUUCUCCAUGGAAAAUUGUAUGCUCUGACCAACGAAUCUAAAAAUUAUUUAAUUUUUAUGACUUGAAAAAACAACAUCUAAAACCUGAGAUAUUAGCUAAGCUUCCUCUAGUAGUACCUAACAUUAUUAGCACUGAGAUAAUUCUCUCUUGGUAUCUUAAUGAAGUUUCCCCUAGGUACUUUAUAGAAGCUAAUGAUCACAUUCUUAGGACUCUGGCCGUUGAUUCUUCAUUUGGAGAACUAUUGCUUGUUUACCUGUAUUACACUGCUUUCCUUACGUACAAUUGUGGGGGCUAUAAGGCAAAGGAGUUUGCCAAUCCGCCUGAGACUGUAGACAGUAUAAGUGUUCAAAUUGGACAUGAGUGACGAACCUAGGUGGACUGAGGUUGAAAACUUGGAAAGUCUUGUGUUGUUUGUUGGCUACUGGAAGACUCUUGCAUUGUCGUCACGUGUUGCUCCUCAUAUCCCUCAAGAGUUGAUUAAAGAGAAUUGCAUAUAUUUUUCUUAUCGGUUUCCAUGUAUUGAAGGCACGAACGAAUGGAAAGUCUUGAAAAUUGGGAGACAUUGUAGGACUGAAAGAAGGAUUGAAUACUAUAAUUGGAAAGAUCAAGUUUUACUGACCCGCCAUGUCGUGUUUGGUUCAUACCAAAUCUUUGAUAACUCUCACGUUUCGCUACAUGUUACAUAUUGAAGGUCUUGUCUUAUAUAAGAAACAUUAUUGUUUUCCA